GGCAACGCUUUGCACGGCCUUGCCGUAUCGACGCAAAAACCUUAGAAUAUGUAAACAAAUCAAUACAGAAAAUAAUGCAGCUUUGCCUAUAAAUAGACAAUGGCAAGAUAGAAAGGCUAAGACAGAUUAUGCUUUUGAUGUAAAGCAAAGAAGUGAAGCCAAAUUGGAAUUAAUAUAGAAACGCGAAUGAAACCGUCUAUCGAUAGCCGCCCAGCUGAUUGGGUGUUUAUUUAUGGCAAAAAGUUUGUUAUCAGCGGAAUUUCAUUUGAAUUUCAUUAGAUUAGUCAUGUACGUCGUUCCGGCCAAAGUCUUGUGCGGUUAUCUAUAUAAGUGAUUGCGCCGCCGUGAUUUGGGCUUUCCGUUCCAAUUUCCUCCGCGGAAGAGCCCCAAUACCACGUGCUAUCUCGGCGCCCCCCACGAAUUAUUAUUCGAGUAUUCGGAUCCAAUACGGAUUAGCCCGAUAACGAGUUGGCCAAAUAAUCAUCAAAGGCACGGGCUGUUAAUGGAUUUUCUGUUUACGCACGGGUACGACACCAACUGAGAACCCAGUGAUAAGGCGGCCUCGCAACCGGCGCUCCGUAGACAAGAUUCCCCAUUUAUUUACUAUAUAGUGAGCCAUGUCGUCGAACGGAAUGGAUAUUCCCCUCCCAAAGGCUAAUGGUCACGAGCGACUGGCCUCGCUGGACAAAAGUAUGCCGCCGGCAUCACCCACUCUGCCGAGUCCCACGAUCCGCAGGAACAAAAGUGACGGAAAACUAAUGGCGCAGGAUGUGAAGGAGGCCCGGGUGAAGGUCAUCUACACUGGCGGCACCAUCGGCAUGGUGCGCAACGAUCGGAAUGUGCUGGCGCCCAUUCCCAAUGCCCUGGUGCGCAGCAUCCGCAAAUAUCCAAACAUCCACGAUGAGGACUACGCGCUGCGCCGUUUUGGAGCAUCUGCGUCGAUGGCUCCACUGGUGCUGCCCAUUGUUCAGGGAGUAGAUCGUAGGGUUAUCUACCAGAUCACGGAGUAUACACCGCUGCUGGACAGCAGCAAUAUGACGAUGAACGAUUGGGCGCGAAUCGCCAGCGAUAUACAGCAAUCGUACGAGUUCUUCGACGGUUUUGUGGUGCUCCAUGGCACGGACACACUUUCCUACACCGCAUCUGCGCUGUCCUUCAUGUUGGAGAAUCUGGGCAAAACGGUGAUCAUCACGGGCUCCCAAAUCCCGAUCUUUGAGACGCGAACCGAUGGCAAGGACAAUUUUACGUCGGCCUUGAUAAUAGCCGGUAACUACAUCAUUCCGGAGGUUUGCAUCUUCUUUGGGCACAAGCUAAUGCGCGGCAAUCGGACGGUGAAGGUCAGUUCGAGUGCCUUGGACGCAUUCGAUUCACCAAAUGUUCCACCGCUAGCAAGGAUCGGCAUUGAUGUAAAUGUGGACUACCGCCUGAUAUUCCGGCCAUGCAGUAUUGAAAGGUUUCGCGUUCACUUGAAUCUCGAUGAGAACGUGGGCUUGUUGCGAAUCUUUCCGAGCAUUUCGCAUUCCACAUUCCGGGCUUUCUUGGCGCCACCGAUUCGCGGCGUAGUUCUGCAAUCGUUCGGAUCUGGAAAUAUACCAUCGAACCGAACGGACCUCAUCGAUGAACUGCAUGCGGCCAGCCAACGAGGCGUUAUCAUCAUCAAUUGUACACAGUGUCCCAAUGGCACAGUGGCUGAGAUCUACGAUACGGGCAAAGUGCUAUUCGAUGUGGGUGUUAUUCCCGGCUUCGAUAUGACUCCCGAGGCGGCACUGUCCAAACUGGCCUAUGUCAUCGGCAAGGAGGAGUGGUCACUUGAGGUGAAGAAGCAGAUGAUGCAGUCAAACUUGAGGGGCGAACUGACCUCCUUAAAGGCUGCCAAGAUGGAGGACUACGACUUGGUGGAUGCGGUGGCUCGAUCUCUGCAUUUAUCCUCGCCUCAAGAACUGGAUCAGCUGGGCGAAACGCUCUUUCCGGCCAUGAUCAAUGCCGCUGUGGCUGAAGGCGAUCCCAAGAAGAUCAACAAUUUGAAAGCCUAUGGUGCCGACUUAUCGGGAACGAAUCAUGACCAGCGAACGGCUUUGCAUUUGGCUUGUCAACUGGGAAACGUGGAGAUCGUAAAGUAUCUACUGCAGAAUGGGGUAUCCGUGCAUGUGCGGGAUCGGUAUGAUCGCACUCCGCUGCUGGAGGCUGUCGCCACCGAUAGCCACGAGAUCAUCCAGCUGCUCAUCAACUGUGGUGCCCAUUUGACGGGAUCUUCGCGAGCGGUUGGCGAGCAAUUGUGUGCGGCAGCUGCUAGGGGAUCGAUGGUCAGAUUGAUGUCCUAUCAAUAUGCCGGUGCUGAUCUCGCCCAGUCGGAUCCUUCGGGCAGGACGGCCUUGCACGUGGCUGCACUGCACGGAUUUCCCGAGGUGGUGCAGUACGUCCUGCCCUAUUUUGAGAAUCCUAACGAGAAGGACAUGCUGGGCCUGACCGCCUUGGAUUAUGCGGAGCGCGGUGGACACGCAUCGGUUAUAGAAGCCCUAAAAACAUAGAAAUCUCUU